GAUGGAAAAUCCCAGAAAAUUAGGGACCACAUAAUUCAUGGAUAUGCACUUUCUUUUACUGUGCAUAGACAAUAAAGAACAUUUGGGGAAUUUUCAAUCGCACAAACCUCCAUGUGUUUCUUGUUCAUACUUUUAAACUGAGUCUUCUUCAGCACGUUGACUAGGAAAUUCAUGUUCGAUGCUGAAGAGCUGCUUCUCUUUUUUCUUUUUAGUUUCCAUUCGUAACUUUGAUUCCAUGCGUAUGGUUUGGAUUUUGUAAUACCUUUUCAUAUUCAGAUGCCAAAUUUGAACAAACAAACAAACAAACGAACGACCGGAAAUCGCGUAGUCUGAAUUCUUAAUGUGCCUUUUGUUUUGUCCCGAGGUUUGAUUAUUACGGUUAGUUGGGUCACUAUGAGUUAACAAACUGCAGAUGAACUGUUCGACCUUUUUCCUAAGAGUGAUCGGAGUCCUAGGCUACUGAUUUCUUAUAACUAUGGUGAACCUCGGAUAGCUUUGAAGUUUUCCGCUUUUAUUGCCCAUCAAAAUAGUGUCGUGAGGACUGGAGAUGGGCAGAACGAAGAAGAAUUUAUAUGACUGGCAUGAAGCAAUGAAAUCUUUGAGCGCUUUGUUGGAGGAGCAGCCUUUACUUCCAUUUGUAGUUCCUCUGUUGCUGGUUCUUUGGGCCAUUGAGAAGUGGUUUUUCCAUCUCUCCAAUUGGGUUCUUCUUGGUCUUGCUUUGUGGACUACAAUUCAGUAUGGAAAUUAUCAACGGCGAAACAUACUGGAAGACUUGAACAAGAAAUGGAUGCAGAUAACCCUACAGACUUUACCAGUAACACCAUUAGAACACUGUGAAUGGACAAACAAGCUCUUAAUUGAAAUUUGGCCAAAUUAUAUCAGCCCAAAGUUGUCUUCAAGGUUUGCAUCAAUUGUUGAGAGGCGUUUGAAGGACAGGAAAUCAAGGCUAAUUGAAAAGAUUGAGUUGCAAGAAUUCUCACUCGGUUCCCGCCCUCCUCUAUUGGGUCUACAUGGAACUCGCUGGGCAACUUCAGGUGAUCAGCUGAAACAGCAAUUCAUGCGCUUCAGUUUUGACUGGGACACGGAAGCUGUAAACAUCAUUUUGCUCGCUAAGUUGGCUACGCCAUUAAUGGGAACAGCUAGAAUCGCCGUCAACAGCAUCCACAUCAAGGGUGAUAUUAAAUUUAUUCCAAUAUUAGAAGGAAAAGCAAUACUAUACUCAUUUAUUUCGACUCCUGAGGUGAGAUUGGGUGUUGCUUUCGGAAGUGGAGGAAGCCAGUCUCUACCUGCAACGGAGCUACCGGGUGUUUCUUCAUGGCUGGUAAAACUUGCUGUUAGUACAUUGAAUAAGAGGAUGGUGGAGCCUCGACGCCAGUGUCUCACUUUACCAGCUAAAGAUUUGCAUAAGAAAGCACUGGUUGGUGCAUUACAUGUUGCCGUGAUAUCAGCUAACAAACUCUCUGUUGCUGCCUUGAAGAGCAGUGCUUCAAUGAAACAAACAAAAUCUUCACCAGAUACUCUCACAGAAGAUCACAUCGGUCCCCAAGAGCUUCAAACAUUCUUAGAGAUUGAACUCGGGGAGCUAACAAGGCGAACAAGCGCGAGACCAGGUUCUAAUCCAAAGUGGGAUGCAGAAUUCAAUCUGAUCCUGCAUGACAGCGCAGGAACCCUUAAGUUCAAUCUCUAUGCUUAUGAUCCUGGAAGUGUUAGGUACAACUUUCUUACAAGUUGUGAAGUUCGGAUGAGGUAUGUCCCGGAUGACUCGACCAUAUUUUGGGCCAUUGGACCUGAUUCCUCCAUGCUUGCCAAGCAUGCUGAGUUCUAUGGGAAGGAAAUUGAAAUGACAGUUCCAUUUGAGAAUUCUGAUUCGGGAGAGUUGACAGUGAGGCUUGCUCUUAAAGAGUGGCAGUUUUCUGAUGGUUCACAUAGCAUGUCUAGUUUUGGCACAAGCUCUAGCAGUUCGCCAACUGGAUCAUCAAACCAGUUGUCCAGGACUGGAAGGAGAAUCUGCAUCACGGUGGUAGAAGGCAAGGACCUUAUUGUUAAGGAUAAAGUUGGGAAAUCGGCUUAUGUUAAACUGCAGUAUGGAAAGGCCAUUAAAAAGACAAAGGUCAUCCAUUCCUCCAACCCGGCAUGGAAUCAGAAGUUCGAAUUUGAUGAAUUAAGUGGUGAAUAUUUGAAGAUAAAAUGCCACACUGAAGAGACAUUUGGGGAUGAGUUCAUUGGCAGUGCACGCCUGAGUUUGGAAGGACUUGUAGAAGGCUCAGUUAGAAAUUGUUAUGUACCCCUCGAGAAGGUCGAUUCCGGAGAGCUUUGGCUUCAGAUGGAAGCAUUCAAAGCUGAAGACAAUGAAAACUCAAAGGCAAGUUUAGCUAAUGGUUGGAUCGAAGUUGUUAUAAUCGAAGCCAGAGAUUUGGUUGCUGCUGAUCUUCGAGGAACAAGUGAUCCAUACGUGAAGGUACAAUAUGGGAAUUUGAAGAAAAACACUAAGGUUGUGUACAAAACACUGAAUCCCAAAUGGCAUCAAACCUUGGACUUCCCAAACGAUGGAAGCCCCCUCACAUUGUAUGUUAAAGAUCACAACACACUGAUGCCGACAUCCAGCAUAGGCGAGUGCGUCGUUGAAUACCAGAUGCUGCCGCCCAACCAGAUGGCCGACAAAUGGAUACCGUUACAAGGAGUGAAACGGGGAGAGAUUCACGUCCAAGUCACAAGAAAAGUCCCGGAACUGGAGAAGAAGCCGAGCACUGAUCCUGGAUCAUCCCCGUCCGAUGUUCGCCAUCACAUUUCCAAUCAGGUGAAGGAGUUGAUGUCGAAGCUUCGAUCUCAGAUUGAGGAAGGCGACGUUGACAGAGUCCUGGAGUCUCUGAGCGAGCUGGAAACCCUCCAGGACACUCAGGAGGAAUUCAUGGUACAGCUGGAGAUGGAGCAGAUGCUGAUGCUGAACAAAGUAAACGAGCUGGGACAGGAGAUACUUAACUCUUCAUCACCUCUGAGCAGAGCCACCUCCAUUACUUGAACUCCUCACACGAUCAUUUUGGCUGUCAUCGUCAUUACAUAAUCAAGAAAUCCUUUGUCGUCAAUUGUACAAAUACUUCUUCUGUUGUCUGUCAAUUCUCAUCUCUUAAUACUACAAUUUGGCUUCAAAUACUACAUACCCAAAUUCUACAAAUAGAUGGAUAUGCAUGUAUAAUUUGUUCCUGUUUCGUCUUCUUAGAGUUCAAGAUUCUACAAACAAACUAAAGGGAGGCCAAGUUGGUGACAAUUUCAUUUCGGCAGCAACUUUGAACGACAAUUAAACUGAAAUUUAACAUAAC